UGCUUCUCUGCCAUUUCGUUUUGCCAUCACCGCGCUGCUCGGAGACAUGUUGAAGCGGCUGACCCCAUUUUGUCAUUUGUUACACUUGAAAUUUGUAUGCCAUUUGAGUUGCCUCCCGCUUAGCCAACCAACGGGCAGCAAAAUCAUGAUUUGCGUGUCAUUUUUGAGAUGGCCACCGCCACUUCGACGAGCCCCAAAACGUCUCCGACGCGCCGCGAGCUGGCGCGUGCUUUACUGGACCCUCAAUCAGGAGGCGUCGCCGCCUACGUGCAGGAAUGUGUGCACUCCACAAGCAUCGGCGUGGACGCCACCUUCGUCUUCCUAUUGCAAGUGAUCGAGGAGCUUGACGAUGCCAUUAGCGAGUUCCUCCCGUCCCCACCCAACUACCAGCCGCUUGUUCACGACAACGAAGUGGAACUGGGCACAUUGUUAUCCGCUGCGUCGUUGACUAUUCGCUAUGUGACUGAGAGACAAGCGAUGAUUCCAUUAUUGCCGCGGUACCGCGAUGCGUUUAACACGGUGUUACAGUAUCCGGUGUGGACGCACAAAUGUUACUACGGCCUCAAAGCGGUGGCAUUGAUGGGGUCUACGCGAGUUCUCGAGUCUUUCAGCGACCAAGUGCCAGUAAGCGACGUACUGAUGCAAUUAAGAUGGCUGUUCCCGCUUUUCAAGGACGAAAGUAUCACUGCGGAGGAAAAAGCGCAGAGAAUGAAUGCGCUAUUGCGUCCUUCGUGCGAGUUUGCAACUGUGGCUUUGCAAACCCACGUAGGUGUUCGAGAAUCCAUCUUUGCUGAGAUUUUGCCGCAACUUUUGGAGCUCCUGAUAAAGGAAGGUGGCAAUCGGGAUACCACAGUCGCUGAGGCAGUUAAAGUGGAGCUGGCGACGACGGUUGCUGUACUUCUGGAAGCCAAAUUCCCGUACACACCACCCAAUGCGUUCGCGUUGUUGUCAUUGCCAGCGUUUGUCGAGGAGAUGGAAGCGGAUGAAUCGAAAUUAUCAACUGCCAACGCGAUGUUUGCACCGACCGCCGAGGCAAAAUCGGAAACUGUGGACGAAGAAGAAGAGAAAGCUUCGUCAGUGGCGGUUGUCAAGAGACUGGAGGAGGAAUGCUGCAAGGUGCUUUGCUCGUGGCUGGAAGUGGACACUCGUCGGAUGACAGCAGCACAGGCAUUGGCCGUGAUGUACCGGGUUAUUGCAAGUGGCCCAGUUUUUGACAGUGUGGCAAACAGCGCAACAUCAUUUACCACUCCACUGGAUGAGAUGACCAAAGCGUUGAAUGACGCAGAAUUGAUCGCUCUUCCUGACUUUGAUUUUAUCAACGCUCUGCUUGAGUCUAUCCGGGAUAUCUGCUUGUUCCAGCAUAAACUUGCAGCUACCACACUUGAAGGAGCUUUCCAGGCAAUGAGCACAGUGAUGCCUCGCCUUGAGACCGCACUGACAUCUUUUAAGAGACAAUCAGCUGAGCGACGCAACGCUAAGGCGGCAUGCUCUGCGAUCCGACACACACUGGUCGAAACAUUCCUCGCUUGGCUUCACCAUCCAGAUGCUGCCAACUUGCUUACUUCCCAGGUGGAUUUUUUGCACAACGUAGCUGGCACUCUGGCUGACCCGCGUGUGUACGGCGACGUGUUGGCUGUUCUACGUGUGUCUACCGUCCCGGAGGCUCGUGCAGAGUACGCUUCGUGCCGUCAACUUGCCGUGGUGACGCUGUGUCAGGCUAUCAAUCAGUUGGACCGGUAUUCCAAGUCCACAGCAAACCGUAUUGUGUCGGGCCUCACUCGCAUAGCUGCAGCCUGUCGUGAGGACAUUCAUCCGCUGGCAAAUGAACUGGUGCUGCCUUUACUGCCUUCAAUGCUGGACGGUUCUCAAUGGGGAAAGUUUCUGCGUCUUCGCACCGAAGCUGUGGCUACGGUACUCGUUGGAUGCGCUGAAAGCGACGACUUCCAGGUAUGUACCGUUGCUAUAAGGUUUUGACGAUGACAAGCGCACUAAAAUACUGUUAUUUGACUGGGAAUUCAGAUGGAAAAGCAUCCAUGGAUCAGCGAUUUCACCAGUUUCUUGCUCGAUCCGGUGGUGUCUUCGGAAAAUGUGCACUCGUUCAUGAUUCUGUGCGGAUUGAUCCGAGCGGAGCAUAAGUUGCUCCUCCACGUGGUCUCGUUCUGCAUGGCCAACCCGCACGCAGUCACCCAGACUCUACACGAGCCGCUUGCUCGCUGGCCGCUUUACGAAGAAGACGUCGAUCUUGUCGUUGUCACUCUCGAACUACUAGAGGCAUUGCUCAGUGUGAAUACUCUUCGCCAGUCGGUGGACGUGGAUGUAAUCUAUGCCACCAUUCUACAACUCUCGGAAAACGCGGCAAGCGAAGGUCUGGACGUCAUCUCUUCGGUUUGCAAUCGAGUUAUCGCAUCCCUGGGAACUAAACAUUAGAUCACGCAGUAGUGGAGUCCAGCGCGCCGCUACUAUCCCAGGAACAAACGUGCCAGUACAACUCGCCGAUCGAAGGCGGGUCCGAGCACUGGUAAAUUAGCCCCGCAGACGAAUAAAUCUGCACUUGGAGGCGUAAAAACUGUGUCAUAGAGACAUUCGAUGCCACGAUGCAGUUGUACGUAAAUCCUUGUAGGCAAUGAAGUAAAAAAGACUGAUACUCGCACCCUUCAAGAGUGUUGAUGAUUUCCAGCUCCACGUGACUGCAAUUAUCCGAGUUUUGCCGCCACACAUGCCCAACGAGUGCUUUAUCCUUCCACACUUCGAGAAUUAAAUCCAUGGUCUCCACUUCAUCCACAUAUGACAACACUACGCGAAAUGUUCGCUCUGUUGUGAUCAGUGGACUCAAUACUCCGAG